UUAUAUAUCAUUGAAUUGAAUAAAACAGCACGCGGUAGUUUAGUUUAAAUUGCCACAAAAUUUCCUAGGCGUGUGGAGACUUCACUGUGUGAGAGAACAGAAGACUAUGCAGAGGGCGUCAACUCCUAUCUUUUGAUGACUGUAUACUUAAGUGCACCCAAAAACUCUUGCUGAAUCCAUCCUAAGGAAGCUCUUUCAACUCCUCUUCCCUCAAAGGAACCUACACAAUCUUCAUCUGAUUGCUGAAAAUUCAGAAAUAGUCUUUCCAGAUAUUAAGUCCAGCUCUUUAAGCUGUUAGGAGUGAUUUAAUCAGCGGCUUAAUGCAUUCGGCUGUUUGAGGUGUAGACACGAAGAAAGAUCCAGAGGAUAUACGAUCCAACCCAAUGACAUAUUCUAAUUCUUUCCGAGUUUUUGAUAGAAUCAAACGUGUAAUAUUUGUGUGUGUCUUGCUGGCAGCGAUAGACAAUAAUAAUAGUAAUAAUUCUUCAUAUCCAGUGACAGAUUUUGCUUAUGAUAAUGACUCCCCUCAGAUAAAGUUCGAUGUGUUUGUUAGCUUUAGAGGCACAGAUAUCCGGCAAGAUUUCCUUAGCCAUUUGAUUGAGGCGUUUUCUCAAAGGCAUAUUAAUGCGUUUGUGGAUAACAAAGUUGUCAGAGGAGAUGGACUGUCUGAAGCACUCAUUCGAGCAAUUGAAGGAUCAUCAGUUUCAUUGAUUAUAUUUUCACAAGAUUAUGCUUCUUCACACUGGUGUUUGUCAGAGCUUGUGAAAAUUGUUGAGUGUAGAAAGAAAAAUGGUCAGAUUGUACUACCUGUCUUCUACAAAGUGGAUCCUGCACAUGUAAGACAUCAGAAAGGGACUUAUGAACAUGCCUUCGCUAAACAUCAGAUAAGAUAUAGUUUGACCACUAUGCAAAUCUGGAGAACUGCUUUGACUGAAGCUGCUAAUCUGGCAGGAUUUCAUUCAUCAACUUUUCGGGACGAAGCUGAGUUUAUUAAAGAGAUAGUUAAGUGCGUGUUGAGUCGGUUGAAUCAAGUGCAACAAGGUAAAUCCAAAGGGCUUGUUGGAGUUGGUAAACGAAUUGCACAUGUUGAAUCACUGCUACAAUCAGAAGAGCCUGAUGUACGUGUUAUGGGCAUAUGGGGCAUGGGUGGCAUUGGUAAAACAACCAUUGCACAAGAAGUAUAUGACAAGUUGUGCUUUGAAUAUGAAGGUUGCUGUUUUUUGGCUAACAUAAGAGAAGAAUCGGGAAGGCUUGGAAUAAUCUCUUUAAAGAAGAAGCUUUUCUCAACAUUAUUAGGAGGAGAGGAUUUGAAAAUUGACACACCUAACGGAUUGCCUCAAUAUAUUGAGAGAAGGCUUCGACGUAUGAAAGUUCUCAUCAUUCUUGAUGAUGUCAAUGAUUCAGAUCAACUUGAAGUUUUAGCUGGAACACGUGAUUGGUUUGGAUCAGGUAGCAGAAUCAUCAUAACAACCAGAGAUAAACAGGUACUUGCUAGACAGUUUGCUAGUAUAUAUGAGGUUGAGGCAUUAAACUUUGAUGAAUCCUUAAGGCUAUUCAAUUUGAAUGCCUUUAAGCAAAAUCAUCUUGAAAGCGAGUACCAUGAGCUUUCAAAGAAAGUGGUCAACUAUGCAAAAGGGAUUCCACUAGUUCUUAAAGUUUUGGGUCACCUUCUUCAUGGAAAAGAUAAGGAAACUUGGGAAAGCCAAUUGGAAAGACUCAAAAAAGUACAGAACAGAAAGGUCCAUGAUAUUAUUAAAUUGAGUUACAAUGAUCUUGAUCGGGAUGAAAAGAAGAUAUUUUUAGAUAUUGCAUGCUUUUUCGAUGGACUGAAUCUGAAGGUAAAGCAUAUGAAUUUUUUAUUGAAAGACCAUGAUUAUUCAGUGGUUGCCGGAUUAGAAAGGUUGAAAGAUAAAGCUCUUAUCAGUGUUUCUCAAGAAAAUGGUGUAUCGAUGCACAACAUUAUACAAGAAACAGCUUGGCAGAUUGCUCGAGAAGAAUCAAUUGAAAAUCCUAGAAGCCAGAUUCGACUAUUGGAUCCUGAGGACAUUUAUCAUGUACUAAACUACAAUAAGGGUGAUGAGGCCAUCAGAAGCAUAGUGAUCAACUUGUCAAGAAUAAAACAACUGCAAUUAAACCCUCAAGUGUUUGCAAGGAUGAGCAAACUACAUUUUCUAGAUUUUUAUAGUAAAGGGUCUUGUAGUUGCCUCGGGGAUCAAGGAGGCUUGUAUCUUCCACAAGGGCUUGAAUCUCUAUCAAAUGAACUAAGAUAUCUUCGUUGGACCCAUUAUCCUUUGGAAUCUUUGCCUUCAAAGUUUUCUGCUGAAAAUCUUGUUGAAUUGAACUUACCAAAUAGCCGACUGAAAAAAGUUUGGCAAGAAACACCGGAUCUUGUUAACUUAAGGGUCCUUAUACUGCAUUCAUCAACAAGACUAAAGGAGCUACCAAAUUUUUCAAAGGCCACAAAUCUUAAAGUGAUAGAUCUCAGAUUUUGUGUACGUCUGACUAGUGUGCAUUCAUCAAUUUUUUCUGUUAGAAAUCUUGAGAAACUGUAUCUAGGUGGCUGCCUUUCCCUUAGAAGCCUUCGAAGCAAUGUCCAUUUGGACUCUCUUCGUUAUCUCUCCCUCUAUGGAUGCAUGUCACUGAAGGAUUUCUCAGUGACCUCAAAGAAUAUGGUAAAGUUGAAUUUAGAACUCACUGGAAUCAAGCAACUACCUUCAUCAUUUGGACUUCAAAGCAACCUCCAAAAGCUACGGUUGGCAUACACUUACAUUGACCACUUGCCAACAAGUAUCAAGCAUCUUACAAGGUUGCGACAUCUUGAUCUAAGAUAUUGCAGAGAGCUUCGAACUCUACCAGAGCUUCCAGCAUCACUUGAAACACUAGAUGCCCGUGGAUGUAUAUCACUUGAGACUGUAACGUUCCCUUCUACUGCUGGUGAACAACUGAAGGAAAAUAAGAAAAGAGUUGCUUUCUGGAACUGCUUGAAAUUGGAUGAACCUUCUCUCACUGCUAUUGAGUUGAAUGCACAAAUUAACAUGAUGAAAUUUGCACACCAACAUUUUUCCCUAUUUGGGGAUGCUCAAAGCACGUAUGUGUAUCCUGGAAGUAGAGUUCCAGAAUGGCUGGCUCAUAAGACAACACAUGAUGACUUCGUGAUUAUUGAUCUCUCUUCUGUUCUUUCUCCACAAUCCUCACACAUAGGCUUCAUUUUUGGCUUUGUUGUUCCAGAAGUCCCAUUUGGGGGAUCAGCUUUGGAAUUUAAGAUUAGUACUAGUGGUGAAGGUAGCCAUAUCAAUGUGUACAUGGACAGACCAAGACAUCGUAUUACAUCGGAUCAUGUGUAUCUAAUGUAUGACCAGGCAUGUUCUCGAUACCUAAACGGUCGUACCAAACAUGAGCCAAGGAUCAAAAUUAAGGUUGCAUUGGCAUCUCGAACGCUCACAUCCAAGUACGUACCAUUAAAGCUAAGAGCUUUUGGAAUCAGUGUAAUAAACACUACAGACUUUCACAGUUUUGUUCAAAAAGUAAAAUUUGGUGAUAAUGUUCCAAAUGUCCCAAUUUUGUCAAGAUUUUUCUGUACUUUCUGCAUUGUUGUCUUUGUCGGGACUUUUAAUAUUUGUAUCAGAAGAUUGGUAUAGAAUAAUGAAAGUCGCUCUGCCAAGAACUUUGAAGAGAGAA